CCUGCCGAUACACAAGUCCAACACUAGAUGUCGCGAAAUCCCGUAAGCCUCAUAAUCCGAAUGUGGCGGGGUUUAGGACCAGGCGGCGCUCCCAGUCAUAAACACGUGACAGUUCUGGUCAUGUGAUUCAACCAUUGAACACAUGAACACAGGAGUGAGAGCUGCAAAACAAAUGAAGUAGUUUUAGGUUAAAGCUAAAAAGGAAGAGACGGAAAAUUGAGAAGUGAUUGAAGAUGGCCGUCUGUGUGUCACUCUGCGUCAUCUUGGUUGGUUUGUCUCUCAGUCCAAACCUGAUAAAUGGAAAAAGAUCAUUCUCCAUCGACUAUAAAAACGACUGUUUCCUCAAAGAUGGGAAGCCAUUUCAGUUCAUCUCCGGCAGCAUUCACUACUCCAGAAUCCCUCCACAGUACUGGAAAGACAGGCUCACCAAGAUGUUCAUGGCCGGCCUUAAUGCCAUCCAAGUGUAUGUGCCCUGGAACUACCAUGAAACCAUUCCAGGCAUCCAGAAGUUCACUGGGGACCGCGAUUUGGAGCAUUUCUUGGAUCUGGCCAAUCAGACUGGUCUGCUGGUCAUUUUACGACCAGGACCGUACAUUUGUGCUGAAUGGGAAAUGGGUGGGUUGCCAGCGUGGUUACUUCAGAAAUCAACCAUGAUACUCCGCUCUUCAGAUCAAGAAUACCUGCAGGCAGUUGACAAGUGGUUCUAUGUCCUCCUCCCCAAAAUCAAACGCUGGCUUUAUAUCAACAACGGAAACAUCAUCAGUGUGCAGGUGGAGAACGAAUAUGGGAGCUACUUCGCCUGUGACUACAACUACAUGCGUCACCUGCGGACUCUGUUUCGCUUCUACCUCGGAGGAGAAACGCUGCUGUUCACCACUGAUGGAAACACAGACAGGGAGAUGACAUGUGGCUCGCUGAACGGCUUGUAUGCCACGGUGGACUUCGGCACAGACACUAAUGUCACUACAGCGUUCAGGCGGCAGAGGAAGUUUGAACCUCACGGCCCCCUGGUGAACUCAGAGUUCUACACUGGCUGGUUGGACCACUGGGGAGAUCAACACGCUGUGGUCGAUACUCUGAAGGUCAGCAGUGUACUCACAGAGAUGCUCGCCAUGGGAGCUAAUGUCAACAUGUACAUGUUUGAGGGAGGCACAAACUUUGGCUACUGGAAUGGUGCUGAUCAUGAACGUAGUUACAACCCAGUUGUGACAAGUUACGAUUACGACGCCCCGCUGUCUGAGGCCGGAGACCCCACGGACAAACUGCUGGCCAUCAGAGAUGUCAUUAAAAUGUUCAGAGAUGUUCCUGCUGGACCCAUGCCACCAGCCACCGACAAGUUCGCCUACGGAAUUGUGUGCCUGAAAAGGGUGGGUGACGUCAACGAUGUGUUAAAUAGCAUUUCACCCCUGGGUCCAGUCACGUCUCAGUAUCCACAGACAUUUGAAGACAUGAAACAGUACUAUGGGUACAUGCUGUAUCGGACCACGCUGCCCAGGGACCUCUCUGCGCCCACACCCCUCAUCUCUCCACUGAAUGGUGUUCAUGACCGAGCAUAUGUGUCCGUCAAUGGGAUUUACCAGGGCCUGAUGGAGAGAGACAAAGACCUAGUAUUAAAAAUCACAGGACAGCAGGGGGACACUCUGGACAUCCUUGUGGAGAACAUGGGCAGAGUUAACUUUGGCACCAGAAUCAAUGAUCACAAGGGCCUGGUAAACAACCUGUACCUGGGCAAAGACACACUGACUGGUUGGAAGAUCUACUCUCUGGACAUUGAUGGAGCCAUCACCAGAGGGUGGCCUCACUGUCCGCAGACCCUCAGCUCCCAGAGAAAAGCCUCAGCUGGACCUGCCUUCUACAUGGGAACACUCCCACCCAACGGCUUAACACUGGACACCUUCAUCAGGUUCAAUGGAUGGACAAAGGGUCAGGUUUGGAUCAAUGGAGUAAACCUGGGACGUUACUGGCCAGUCAGGGGCCCUCAGCAGACUCUGUAUGUCCCUGGACCAAUACUCAGUGCGACAACAGCCAACAACAUCACAGUGCUGGAGCUGGAGGGAGCACCGGCAGAUCUAGAAGUUAUCUUCAGCGAUCGGCCUCAGCUUGAUGUCAGAGCUGGUCGAUCGUAACAAAACACGCACAAAUAUGUGACUGCAACCAAAUCAAUUCAACAGACCAGGAGGAAGUCAUGCUUGGUACUGCACUGCAUGUGUGACAACGAACAGCACUUUAAAAAGAUGAUGUUUUUACAAGAAGAUGCCCCUUUCACAUACCUUACCCCUGGUUGGCCCUGUGGGAUAUAGGAGGAAAUUCAGUGUUUCACCUUUUUAAUAUUGGAAAACAAAAAUAUACAGUAUUUUACUGUGAGUUCAUGACUCAUUUUAAGCAUAAUUUGUUUUUUCAGGCUUAUUUUAAAUGGAUCAUAUGAUUUGUUUACACUUGUGAAUGCAUUUCUAAGAAUAGUUUUCACCACCUUAUUGCAGGUUUUUAACUUCAAAACUAUGAGUCAAAACAGUGCUGGAGUCAAGUUCUGCAGUACAAUACUGUUUGUUGUUUGAGUGAUUACUGAGGGAAAUGUGUACACAGUCUAUCGAAUCAAAGACCUCGAUGUAAAACAGCAGACAUUUGAAAAUGAAAUACAAAGACUUUCAAACAUC